CAAAACAACACUUCUUGCUGAGACUGAGACUACCAACUCUGCCCGGCCUCUUGAACCAAAAGAGAGCGUCGAGAGAUAGAGGAGUGGAGGCAGAAAGGAGAGAAGAUGUCGCUCCUCCUGGUGCUGAUCAGUGUUGUGGUCGGCCUGCUGCUUUGGUGGAACGAGGUAAGGUACGGCAGGAGAGGGAAUGUGUGCCUACCGCCGGGGACAAUGGGGUGGCCUCUGUUCGGCGAGACCACCGAGUUCCUCAAGCAUGGGCCGAGCUUCAUGAAGCGGAAGGGGCUCAGAUACGGGAGGCUUUUCCGGACGCACAUUCUGGGGUGCCCCACAGUGGCGUGCAUGGACCCCGAGCUCAACCGCCGGAUGCUGCUCCAGGGCGAGUCCAGCGGCCUGGUCCCUGGCUACCCGCAGUCCAUGCUCGACAUCCUCGGCCGCAACAACAUCGCUGCCAUGCGGGGUGCCAUGCUCGGUCUCGUACACCCCGCCGCGAUCCGCGCCAGCCUCCUUCCCAAGAUCGACGCCUUCAUGCGCUCCCACCUCGAUGGAUGGUCCGGCUGCAUCGUCGACGUCCAGGCAAAGACCAAGGAGAUGACCUUGCUAUCCGCACUCAAUCAAAUCGCCGGCAUCACCCCUGGCCCGCUCUCUGACGCCCUCAAGACAGAGUUAUACACCCUUGUGCUCGGCACCAUCUCCUUGCCCAUCAACCUUCUAGGGACUAGGUAUUACCAGGGCUUGCAGGCGAGGAAGAAGCUCGUGUCCAUGCUAGAGCAGAUGAUCACGGAGUGGAGGUCCUCUAUUCAAGCUCAUGAUGACAUGCUGGACGCUCUAUUGAGAAGCGGCGAUGAUGGGGCUAGGGAAAAGCUCAGUGAUGAGCAGAUAAUUGACUUGAUCAUCACCCUUAUUUACUCCGGCUAUGAGACCAUGUCGACGACCUCGAUGAUGGCUGUCAAGUACCUGUCGGACCACCCACGGGCUCUCCAAGAUCUUAGGAGAGAGCAUCUUGAUAUCAGGAAGGGGAAAUCCUCGGAGGAGGCCAUCGACUACGAGGAUUUCAAGUCCAUGGCCUUCACUCGAGCUGUCAUCUUCGAGACGCUAAGAUUAGCCACAGUCGUGAAUGGGCUGAUGAGGAAAACUACUCAGGAUGUAGAAAUGAAUGGGUAUGUCAUUCCAAAAGGCUGGAGAAUCUAUGUUCACACAAGGGAGAUAAACUACGAUCCAUUCAUGUACCCUGACCCGACAACCUUUAACCCAUGGAGAUGGCUGGAGAAGAACAUGGAAUUGCACCCACAUUUCAUGAUGUUAGGAGGAGGUGGCCGGAUGUGCCCCGGAAAGGAGGUGGGCACGGUUGAGAUCGCAACUUUCCUCCACUAUUUCGUGACUCGAUACAGAUGGGAGGAGGAAGGCAGGAACACCAUCUUGAGAUUCCCCCGGGUGGAAGCUCCCAACGGGCUACAUAUCCGAGUUCAAGAUUUUACUGAUCUUGCAGCAUACAUUUCGCAUAGCUUAGAUUGAUAGGACCUAGACGGGGGUGAUGAGAGCUUGACACUAGUGUCAAAAAUCUCUUAUAUUUUGGAAUGAGGGAGUACAAUAUAGAUGUUAUAGCUAAUUAGGGAAUAAUUGAGGUAGAAUGCUCCUGUGUUAUUUUCGUUCGAUCAAAUCUUAGACUGAAACAGAUGUAUCAUGCGGCCAGCUUGUACUAGAUACCCGCAAAAAAAAGAAGAUAACAAACAUGCAGCAUAAUGAAGAAGUAAAGACUGUGAUAUUA